GUUUAUUUUACCAUAUAUCAGUAAGUUGAAAGCAACAAAUAUAUUUACUAGUUUUUGUCGCUCAAAAAUUUUGUAAAUAAAGCGCGUAUAUUGUUGUACAAUUUGACAGGCUGGAUUUUUCUACUAAAGCAGAUAGAAACAUUGGUUACUGAAAGGCUGCUGAGAGAUUUAAUACAAACAAGAAAUUCUAUUGUAAUCAAGAUAAUGGAUGGUGAGAUAGAAUCUGCCAGCGAACGUAAUUUGCAAGAUGUAAAUUCUGUUGGUGAAAAUUUAAGUGCUAGUCUUGAGGAGAUUGGCAAUAAGUCCGAUGACAAUGUAAAUGAUGACAGUGGUAUAUGCGCAAAUCAAGAAUUCCACAACCAAGAACUUCCAACAGCAAGUGAAAAGUCCGAAUGUGCUGAAAAUGAAAUGAACGGUGAUGAUGUAGAAAAAAUGCAAGCACAUAGUGAUAGUGGGAUGGAAAAUCAAGAGGGUGUCAAGCGUACUUUCAUAAAUACGCAUGAUGGAUUAGAUGAUGAAAAUGAGCCCUCGACUAGUAGUUUCAAAAAGCGCUAUAGGUCCCGCAACUAUCGUAACUCUAAUAUGUCAUCGUCUACAUCCAGUUCGUCAUCACCACGAAAGGAAACUUCAAAUUACAGUGAUGCAGUUGAACCGUUAAUGGAUAAACACAUUAAGGAAAAAAGUGCAGAUGAUCUCCCUUUAACACAAAUGGAUACAGUCUGUGAAACUGCUGGCACAGUUUUAGAGUGCGCGGUUCCAAAUGUAAUUGCUAUACCAACCACAUCUACAGAUGGUAAUAACCUCCCAUCCCCAGAAGAACAUUCCCUGAUUGAUAUGAUUAACACUUUAAGUCAAACAAUACGCCAGGAGAAUGAGAAUCAUCUUGAAGAAAAUAUUUUGGACCUCCCUGAUUUAGUUGACGCACAUGAAUCUAAUGAAGAGUUCCAAAAUCCAAAUGCUUUACCUGCUGUUACUGAUGAGGAGACUACAAUUUCAAGUAUAGAUUCUGAAAUUAUUCGUACAAGCGAUGACAAUUCUACAGAUAUUGAUCAUGAUUUUUCUAAUGCGGAUAGUGAAAGUUCCCGUGAGGAAAGUACAAAAACAAUUAACGAAGUUUUAAAUGCACCAAAGCCUAAUUAUGCCUGGCAUUCAUUUUAUGAAAUUAUGCGACGUGAACACGGACUAGACGGCCGUGGUCAACGAACUCUUCGUAAUGGAAUGUCAACCAAUUUAAAUCAUAGAUUUUGUUCUUCUCGUCAUGUUAUUGAGCGUAUGGAAUUAUCACAUAAACUAAGCAAACAUAAUGGCUGUGUUAAUUGUCUCAAUUUUAAUACUGCUGGAGAUAUUCUUUGCAGUGGUUCCGAUGACUUGCGCAUUAUACUAUGGAAUUGGGCUGCCAAUAAGCCCAUAAUGUCAUUUAAGUCCGGCCACACAGAAAAUAUUUUUCAGACCAAGUUCUUACCUCACACAGGCAGUUCAGAAAUCAUAUCUGCUAGCAGAGAUGGACAAGUUCGUCGUAGUUACAUUACACCAGGUUGCGGUAAAGCAAGAACGGUUUGCGAAUAUAAGCAUAAUGGUUCGGUCCACAAGCUAGUGUUGUCUCCGAAUGACUCGCAUCAAAUUAUUAGCGUUGGUGAAGAUGGCUAUAUCCGUCAAAAAGACUUACGGUCUAACGAUUGUGAAGCCACUGUUAUGUUGAAAGUUUUAGAUGCUGAUCACAAGAAAAGAGUACGUUUGUUUAGUAUUUCGCAUAAUCCAUUUAAGCCAGAAAUUUGUGUCAGUGGAUGUGAUAGCCAUGUUCGUGUUUACGACAAACGCAAUUUUAAUAAGACUGUAUAUGAAAUGUACCCAAGACACUUAGAGGAUCCGACCAUGUCACAAGUUACAUGUGCGGUCUAUAAUAGCACGGGUAGUGAAAUAUUAGCCAGUUACAGUGAUGAUUACAUAUACUUAUUCAAUAACUUGGACUAUAAGGAGGGAGAAUUCUUACACAGCUAUAAGGGUCAUUACAAUUAUAAAACCAUAAAAGGUGUAAAUUUUUUUGGACCAAAUUCUGAAUAUAUUAUAAGCGGAAGUGAUUGUGGUAAUAUUUAUUUCUGGGAUAAGCAAACGGAAGCUAUAUUAAAUGUGUGUCCUGGUGAUGACUUGGGUGUGGUUAAUUGUUUAGAACCACAUCCAUGUACUCCUGUUCUUGCUACUUCAGGUUUAGACAGCAAUAUCAAGAUAUGGACACCAAGUAAUUCUACCUAUCCUCCUGAUUUGACUUCUGCUAAAAAGCAUAUUAGUCGCAAUAUAAAACGCAAUGUUAUAUCUGAUGGUGUCGAUGAACGGCGAUUUCAAUAUCUCUUUCGGCAGUUUUUACGCCAUUCUACACGCUCGAGCAACAAUUCGAGCCCAGAAGCGGGUUAUGCAACAUCUUCCAGCGACAGUGAUAGCGAGGACAAUGUGCCACUUUUGGCCUGUCACCCUCAAUAAACUUAAACUUGCAGUUAUAUACGUUUGUAAUUAAUUUAGUUUUCUUUAGUCGCUACUAAUUUGAAACAUAUACAUAACUACAUACUUUUAAAUACAUUGAUUGUUGUGCGCGUUAUUAUCGAAAUUAAACAAUUGUUAUGAAUUUAUUUUUAUCAAACAUAAAAUUUACAAAUACAAAUACAAAA